AUGACGCAGAUGAAGACUACUACCUUCGACAGCAGCUGCAGGAUCAAACGCCAACCGAAGAUUCCGACGAAGACGUUCUUAUUUAUUGUGAAACAACAGGUUGGAUCUCUGGUUUAUGGAAAAGACCACAUGGUUAUGAGGCCAAAGAAGACGUUCAGGCUAUGUCUUCGUAACGAGAGAUGGAGGAUUUUUGCCUGGAUUCAUGUGUGGUCGAUCAAUUCAUGGCCGGUUUAUAUAGAAAAUUACGGAAUUAUUGAAAAACUGUCACGCACGAUAAAGAGGGCAAUUGCAAAGUACAGAGAGCGCCGCUUUGAAACCGGAUUAUUUUAUUUCGUCCCAGACAAAAAACACUUGACAUUCACAGUCAGCAGUUACCUCUACGGAGAUGGUGAGUUCUUAAAAGAUCUGUGGAGGAAAAAGAGACUAGAGCGCAGCAUGAGAGAGAAAAACCAGGAGUUACACGAGUGUUCUACACGUGUUUUCGAAUCUUACGUAUCAGAAUAUAGAAAAAUUUCUUCCAUAGCCGUCAGAACAUUGAGAUUGUGUGGCAUGGGAUAUGUGUUUUACUUGAUGCUUGUAAUCUCCCUAGCUUUGGCGAUUGUAUACCUAUGA